GCGAAGCCGCAAAACGAGCACCAACUGUGAACGCGGAACCCUUUUCAUCUUCAGAGAAUGGUAACAGGCUUUCCAGAUAUCCAAGAUGGUCGGAAACAUCAUUGCAUUCCCUAGCCACUUCCCCUGAACCGCAAUCGUGCGAUGCGAAUCAUAGCAUCUUACAAGACGGAACCGAGGAUGAAGCUAUCUAUUUGCGGCCGAUUGUUGUUCAGAGUGGCAAUGUCGAUAGCGCAGCUGGAAGUAGUCGCAGAGAGCGUCCGCCACUCACCCGUGGCGCAAGGUAUGGCUCUGAUGUACGGGAAUUAGUUCGUGCCUCAGCACCUGGAUCCGCGGCAGGGUGGCCAUCACCAUCAAGGAGCCUGUCUGACCUCACCUCACCAGAGCGCAGGAUAUCGUCUCAGCGGAAUGUGGACAAGGUGACGCAACCCAUAACAUCGCGUACCCCCUCCAUGCCAUAUGUCCGGCGUCCUCCUCAGGAUCUCUGGAAGGCCAAAUGCUCGUCUGGCAAACCUGUGCGGACAGUUUAUGGCCUCGUGGACAACCGUGAUUCAAUGUUUGAUACUUCUGCGCCACCUGGACUUACAAGACGCAGGGGAUCCGUGCCUGAUAUAAAUGGAAACCGCUCUUGGUCACCAAUGUCAGGCAGUCUGCCACUGCGUACUGACGAACCCUCCGAAUACGAGCGACCAAUAAGUGCCGAGCAGAGCAGAGUAGUGUCGAUGACACGGCGAAGAUCCAGAUCGUUGCCUUCUGCAAAUUUACAGCCAUCUUCAUCAAGCGAUGCAGGUAAUAGUACACGAACACAUUUCCAUCUAGAUUCCAUUGGUACAUGGCAUGGUACCUACCUCCCGGGAGAUCCACUUACUUGUGACGUAUUGGAUGCAUACCCGUCUGAUCUACCGAUCACUAGUGAUGAAUUCCGUCGACUUUUACGACAAGCCCAUUACAAUAAACAUACUUCAAAUAUCUUCUCUCCUCUCAACCCCCUCCGAAACCCACGACCCAGCUCCUCCCUGACUACCAAUGCAACCUAUCGGUACUUCUUUCCAUCCAUUCAAGAUAUACCCAACAAACUAUGGAAAUUUAAAAGAGGGCCAGAGCAGCGACUCAGAACCAUCUGCGAAUUCUACCAGCCACUCGCAGUGGCAUCGGAGUGCGCGCACUGCCAGGAGUGUCGACGCGACACAUUAUGUAAACGACUGUUGGCUAGUGGUUAUCGAUGCAUGCGCCAUACUGCUAGCAUGUCGAGGACCCCCAUCGUGCACAACCCGUCAGGUUCGCCCCACUACAAAAUCGAUGAAGACGAGAAAAGUCUUUGGGAAGAGGUGACAGCUGCCACUUCUGGCGAGCCCUUCCCGGGCAGUCCUCGCUGGCGCGACUUGGAUGACUUUGGUGAUGACGACGACGAUGACUACCCGGAGAUACCGGAUGAGAAUUUGCUUUCGGACGAAGAGGAUGCGAAGCUUUGACCAGAAGAACUUCUCUGCUGAUGCUCGGAUAGCAUGCAUUGUAUCAUCAAGAUUUCAUGAAUACUACUAACCUGAUGCUACUUAUACGAGUGCUUGUAUCAUUACUCCUUGUACACGAAUUUUCUAUUUGUACAUCAAUAU